GAAAAUCUUGAAACGCCAUCGUUUAAGCUUGUCAUGGACUCCUUUGUGGAUUUGUCUUGACUCUCUCCAAAUUUUCAAGUGAAAACCGGUUCUGGAGCAGAGCAUAGGCGGUACAAUCAAAAGCCUCCAUGAAGCUCCACUACCGCCGCCACUUCCACCAAGUCAUAACCACUAACCGCCGCCACUUCGCCACCAAAUAUAUAGCCAAAAUAACAUCAACUUCCCCAAGCGGCCGCUCCCUCUCCGCCGAAGUCUCCCUACCUACCGUCCCCGCUGACUCUCGCGGUUACCCAAUACCACGCCACCAACUCAUCUGCAAAGUCACACACAUCCUCAACAAAUCCCAAUCCGAUCCUUUCCUCAACCUCUCCCAAUACGUCUCCUCCCUCUCCCCAACCCUCACCACCAAUGAAGCCUCCCUCAUUCUCAAAUCCCUAAACUGCCCUUCCCUCGCCCUGAAAUUCUUCCAUUUUUGCCCAUCCCUUUCCCCCAAUUUCCGCCACGACCCUUUCACCUACACCCGCCUCCUCCUCAUCCUGUCCAAAUCCUUGCGCGCCGACCGCUUCGACACCGUUCGGUCACUCCUCCACGACAUGGAGAAGUCCGGCACACGUGGCAACAUCUCCAUCGUCAAUAUCCUUAUUGGGUUUUUCGGGAACACUGAGGAUUUGGACACUUGUAUGACGCUAGUGAAGAAAUGGGCAUUGAAGAUGAAUGCUUAUACAUAUAAGUGCCUGGUUCAAGCUUACUUAAGGUCACAUGACUCCGGGAAGGCGUUUUCGGUUUAUGGGGAGAUGAAGAGGAAAGGUUAUAAAUUGGAUGUGUUUUGUUAUAACAUGUUGUUGAAUGCUUUGGCAAAGGAUGAAAAGGUUGACCAGGCCUACAUGGUUUUUAAAGACAUGAAACGAAAGCAUUGUGAGCCUGAUGAGUAUACGUACACAAUUAUGAUUAGAUUGACUGGAAAACUUGGUAGAUGUGGUGAAUCACUGAAACUUUUUGAUGAAAUGAUAUCAAAGGGCUGUUCUCUUAAUGUAAUUGCUUAUAAUACUGUGAUUCAGUCACUAGCGAAUGGGCGGAUGGUUGACAAGGUUAUUAGCAUAUUUUAUAAAAUGGUGGAGAAAGGUUGUCGGCCCAAUGAAUUUACAUACAGUGUCAUUCUAAAUGUUCUGGCUGCAGAAGGGCGGCUUAAUAAACUAGAUGAAGUUAUUGAAGUAUCAAAGAAAUAUAUGAGUAGGUCAAUAUAUGCAUAUCUUGUAAGGACGCUGAGUAAGCUGGGCCAUGCCAGUGAGGCUCAUCGGUUAUUUUGCAACAUGUGGAACUUCCAUGAUAAGGGAGACAAGGAUGCUUACGUUGCAAUGUUGGAAAGCCUGUGUAGUGCGGGUAAAACAACUGAGGCUCUGGACCUGCUAAGUAAGAUUCAUGAAAAGGGAAUCGAUACUGAUACAGUCAUGUAUAACACUGUAUGUUCAACACUUGGUAGGUUGAAGCAAAUAUCCCAUCUUCAUGAUCUUUAUGAAAACAUGAAACGGCUUGGCCCUUUGCCUGACAUAUUUACGUACAAUAUUCUAAUCUCUAGCUUUGGAAGGGCCGGGAAAGUUGAUGAGGCUAUCAAAAUCUUUGAAGAACUUGAGAAAAGCGAUUGUAGACCUGAUAUUGUAUCUUACAAUUCUUUGAUCAAUUGCCUUGGGAAAAAUGGUAAUCUUGAUGAAGCUCACAUGAGAUUCAAGGAGAUGCAAGAGAAAGGAUUAAAUCCAGAUGUUGUAACGUACAGCACUCUCAUUGAAUGCUUUGGCAAAACAGAUAAAGUUGAGAUGGCUUGCACAUUAUUUGAUGAAAUGCUUGCCGAUGGCUGUUAUCCUAACAUUGUGACAUACAACAUUUUACUUGAUUGUCUUGAGAAAAGUGGCAGGACUGCAGAAGCAGUGGAUCUCUAUACAAAACUUAAGCAGCAGGGGUUAACACCUGAUUCAAUUACAUAUGCAGUGCUUGAACGUCUGCAAAGUGGUCCACAGAAGAGAUUCAAAGUUCGCAGGCAAAAUCCCAUUACUGGUUGGAUUGUUAGCCCCUUGAGAUGAUGGGGAUGAUUAAAUUUUCAAAAUGCAUGACUAGAAAGGGUUACGGAUAAAAUUUGCCUCCAUUUGUCUUCUUAGCUAAUCCCUUGAUGAGUGAGAAGGGUGAAAAAGAUUUACAAACCUGACUCUAAGUACUUAUGGAUAAAGGCUAGGGUGAGUUCGGUUGUGUGUUUAGCUGGUUGGUUGGAGAAGCUCCUUAAGGAGAUGUAUCUUGUUCAAAUGAUUUUGUUGGAGAGUAUCUAAUUAAUUUCUUGGUACAUUGUGAAUUAUUCCAUAGAUAAUAUACAAUAGAGCACGAGUGGAGAAGAUUGUGCUUAUUUUGGCUCUGACUUUGAAGCCUCUUUGGUUUACUGCUAAGCUAGUGAUAUAAGGAGGGCCUAAUGGUGACGCAAGCAUUUCCAUCUGAAAUAUGGAGUCUGCAAGCCUUGAGCCCGUUAGAAACCUUCUCUGAUGACUCACAAGGUACAUAAUGCAUUUGGCUUCUUAGAAUGCUCUUCCCUACUCUCCCUGUCCUACCUUCUUUUGGAUACGUAUUUGUAUCUGUAUUCUAUAUCUGUUUAUUUGCAGAUAAAUUUGUGUCCCUUGCAAUUUUGCUAUAGGUUGGCAUUGUUGAAUGACACUCGCAUAUGGCAAUGAAGUUGUAGAAGGUUUUGAGAUUCUUCUUUUGCAAUCAUAAGUAUCUUACUGCUAGUAAAAAUAUAGUCCAUGUAUUUAGGAUGCAUGGUAUGUAUAGCGUAUAAAAACAGGUAUAAUUAUGCUUAAUUUUUUUGUUCUCUUCGGCCAGGCAUUGGACCCCGUCAUGCCAAAGAGCGCCCAGGUCUAUAAAAGUCGGCAGCAUCUAGCGAACAAAACUAAAGAUAAGAGCUUUUGACUUUCUUGACCACAUCCAUUUUUUCCUCGACUCUUUUUUGGAUUUCUGUUUGUCAAGGGAUUUUUCCUUUAAGAAUUGUCAACGCUGUUUAUAAAAAUUGUGUGGCAGCCAUUCCAUGGUAUAACCUAUAUGUAAAUGAGUUUUUGGGUGUUGAAAUUUUUGAAGUUCAAACUCUAAAUUAAAGGCUUUUGAAAAAGCAA